AUGAUCAACAAUGUCAGCCAGGCGUACUUCAUCUUUGGCAUGCUGCACAAGUUCUUUAUAGGUUUGGCGGUUGUCAUGGUGAUCACCGGGGUCUUCAUUCAGGAGACAAUGAAGGUGGCGCAGACGGACAACAACAUCAUGCUGAGCCAGCGAGAGCGGUCCAACAGGCUGCAUACGAGGAAGAUGAAGACCCUCUUCGCUGUGGCUGACCUCGACGGCUCUGGGCGCCUCGAGCUGGAGGAGUUUGAGCGGAUUUGCCAAGAUGAGUCCAUGAAGAUGUGGCUUUCCGCCAUGGGCCUGGACGUCUCGGACGCCACAGCGGUGUUCAAGCUGAUCUGCGAGCAGCUGGACGGCGAAAAUCUCUCCGCCCGAGAACUGGUGAACGGCGUGUCGCGCCUUAAGGGCCCGGCCAGGAACAUCGACAUGGCGCUGCUGCGCCAGGAAAAUGCGGAGAUCCUGAAGAGGGUCAACAAGAUGCAGGCGACUUUGAAUGAGAUUGGUGAGAACAUUGAAGUUGAUUUGUGA